AGCAGUGUUCCUCGAUGAACCCCUCCUCUCCUCGCCUAGUCGCCUUACUAGGGUUUAUUAGAUAAAUUAUAUCGUCGUGUCUCGUCGACCACCCCAGUCCGCGCUCCAUCGAUUCAAUGGCGUUCUCUUCGCCAUCUCUGCUGUCGUCUCGGUCUAUCUACCUGAUUAACCCCGUGCUCUUCUCUCCUUCCGCCCGCCGAUUUGGCGCCAGACCUCGCAGAUGGAACCUCUGUCGUCCCAAUCGGAAGUUCUUAUCGGUAAUGGCGACAGAGAACGAGGUUUUUACUUCUCCGGAAGUAGCGAAGUCAUUUGAUUUUGCAUCGGAGGAACGCAUCUACAGCUGGUGGGAGGCUCAAGGGUUCUUCAAACCCAGCUUUGACAGGAGAGGAGAUCCUUUUGUAAUUCCAAUGCCACCUCCAAAUGUGACUGGAUCGCUACAUAUGGGGCAUGCAAUGUUCGUCACUCUUGAGGACAUAAUGGUUAGAUAUAACCGCAUGAAAGGUAGGCCUACACUUUGGAUUCCGGGUACAGAUCAUGCUGGCAUAGCAACUCAGUUGGUGGUGGAAAAACUGCUUGCAUCUGAAGGCAUCAAAAGGUCUGAACUGAGUAGAGAGGAGUUUACAAAAAGAGUGUGGGAGUGGAAAGAGAAGUAUGGUGGAACAAUAACUAGCCAGAUAAGAAGGUUGGGUGCAUCAUGUGAUUGGACCAGGGAACAUUUUACUCUUGAUGAGCAACUAAGUCGGGCCGUUGUUGAGGCAUUUGUAAAGCUUCACGAGAAAGAACUCAUUUAUCAAGGUAUUACAGAACUAAUGGACUAUACUUUUAUCAUUGUUUUAGAAUUUCUUUACUAAAUUGUUAAUACGAAGUUUCAUGUAAGUUUGUUAUUUGUGAUCAUAAAUGAAUACUUACUACAGAAUCCAAACUUCUUUAAUACUUUUUGGGAAUCGUUAUACUUUUGUUGGUCUAUUGGGGUAUAAGUAGAAUGCGAUUGCAAUGUCAUGAUUAAUGAAGUCGCUAAGUUGUUUUAUUUGUUAAUUUAAUGGUUGUUGAGAGUUAUUGAAGCGAAAAUAGUUAUAUGAUUUUAAGCUUGGACCCAUGUGAAGUAUUUAAUCUUUGGAAUUUGGAUAUUAUUGUAUUAUAUAUGCUUUUAUAUUUUUAGUGUAAUAGUUAUCUUUUUUUAAGCACAAUAUGACAUUUGCUCUCUCAACUUAGUAGCAAAGUAAGUUUUCUCCUAGAGUUGCAAUUUUCUCUCAAUCACGUUAUGGGAAGGUCACUGAUUUUAUGUGAUGAAGCUGCGCCCUCUCACUUUCAUGCUCCCCUAUUUUAUCUCUAAUAUCUCCAUUAUCACAGUGCCCUAAACUUUCCCUCUCUAUCCGGCCUACUCCCUAGUUUUUGGUUCCUUCCUGUUGGAACCCCAAGGUUGUUUUGGUGUGAUCAACCAAGUUAGGUCAGGUCUUGUUAUGUUCUGAUCCCUGUGUCUAAGUGUGUAUAAGCUUAGGAGCACAGGAAGUCGAGCGGAA